AUGCCCGAAACGGAACGCCGUCCUGUUCUUCCUAAGAUGAUUGGUGAAAAGAUCAUCACACACGCUUCGGACGAUUACCCCCGCAGGAAAUGGAUCAUUAAGGAAAAGCUGAGUGAGAAUCCGUUCCCGCUUACCGAAGAGGAUGUUAAGCAGGAAAUGGGCCCCGCAUUUACCGUUGGUAAGUAUCUCUGCGAGCGUGAUGGUGCUAAGGACAAGCUCGCGUUCCUCCGAAUGUUUAAGCAGAUUCCUUGGGAAGGAACUGAACUUGACGAUCCGCGCACUCGAGCGAAACAGGCCGUCGAUCAACAACCAGGCCACGUGGAGCUGGCUGCCUUGAAGUAUCUCACGGAAAACGGGUGUAGUGCUACCCCCAAACUCCUUGGAUAUGAAUCCGACCACCAAGACAAAAAUGACCUUGUCCCCGGCGGAUAUAUCUUGUACCUUGUAUGGGAAAAGGUCAAAGGGGAUCCUCUUGAUUUUCGGGAGUUCUGGAGACUUCCCUACAAAGAACGUGAAAGCAUCCGUGAAAAGUUCCGAGAGGCCUACACGGAAGUUCUUACCUUUGGGUACGAGCCGAUGAUGCCGUCCACGUCAAAGGUCAUACUCGACAAGGCCACAGGUGAUGUGAAAAUCUCUGGUUUCGGAAAGGCUGCCUACAUUGGCCAGAGCGGGAGAUGGAAUGACCGCAAUUUCUUGAGGUUUUCCCCGGCCCUAAACAGCUCGGACCGGUGCAAGAACAUUCCCGACGUGGCGAAAGACCUUAGACACUCAUCAAAUGGCUGGAUAUGGUGA